AUGGCCUCCGCCCGCCUGCUCGCGCUGCUACUGCUCCUCGUGGGCGUCCCCGCCGCUGCCACCGAGUCGAUCCGAGAGACCGAAGUCAUCGACCCCCAAGACCUCCUAGAAGGCCGAUACUUUUCUGGAGCCCUCCCAGAUGAUGAGGAUGUCGGGGGGCCCGGGCAGGAGCCCGAUGACUUUGAGCUGUCUGGCUCUGGAGAUCUGGAUGACUCAGAGGACCCCCAGAUCUUCCCGGAAGUAAUCCAACCCUUGGUGCCUCUAGAUAACCAUAUCCCUGAGAGGGCAGGGCCUGGGAGCUGGGUCCCCACCGAAGCCAAGGACCUGGAGGAGAAUGAGGUCAUCCCCAAGAGGAUCUCACCCUUUGAAGGGGACGAGGAUGUGUCUAACAAGGUGUCCAUGUCCAGUGCCACACAGAGCGGCAACAUCUUUGAGAGGACAGAGGUUCUGGCGGCUUUGAUCGUGGGUGGCGGCGUGGGCGUCCUGUUUGCUGUUUUCCUGGUCCUGCUGCUGGUAUACCGCAUGAAGAAGAAGGACGAAGGCACCUACGACCUGGGCAAGAAACCUAUCUACAAAAAAGCCCCCACCAACGAGUUCUAUGCUUGA